GGUUAAAAAGAAAAAAGUUUAGCAAUUUAAAUUUUAUGGGAAAAUUCAGGGGCUUAAGGACAUUGGAUCAGCGUUUGAUCACCAGCUUAUGCUCAGUUGGAUUUCUAGACAUGUAUGCCAUUAACACUGUUUGGCAAACACACAGUAGAAUGUUUCCCUACCUUUCUAUUUACACCUUGUGAAUUUGGAAUUCCUCUUUUCAGCAGGCUUUCUUCACUGAAAGAAAAAUGUAGAUGAAUUGGAAAACUGUAGAUGCGAAUCAAUGGAGAAUAACAUCAACAUCCUAGAAAAGAAUUUUGAAGAACAUGGUUGUGAUUGGAUCAGUGAAUUACCUGAUUCAUUGCUUCUUCACAUCCUAUCUUUCCUUCACAUGGAGGAUGUGCUCAGGACAAGCUUCUUGUCGAGAAGAUGGAGAUAUGUAUGGACAUCCAUCACUACGAUGGAUUUCAACUUCGGACCCUCUCAUGAGAGGAUCUUGAGACCUAUCGAAUACAGUACCACCUUUAUCGAUAAAUCAACAUCUCUCCAUAUUGGGGUUCGGUAUUUUCGUGUCCAUUUCGAUUCUCUAGAACUAGACCACUAUCCUCCGCAAGUUAGUUCAUGGAUCCAUUUUGCAGUUGACCAUAAUGUGGAGGAACUUGAUUUGGCCUUUGCUGGCGAAGGUAAUACAUUUGUAGAGGUUGAGGAUUAUGAUGAACGUAAGUUGACUCCGUUUAUGUUUAACUGUAGAUCGUUAAGGACGCUAUCAUUGACAUAUGUUGCUCUCGACCCACCUACUUCCACGAGUUUUAGCUCUCUCAAAACUCUUUAUCUCGCACGGAUUAUAUUGUCUGCUAACAAGAUAAAAAAUUUGACUUCCAAUUGUCCACUCUUGGAAGACAUUAUUGUCAAAGACUGCAGCUCUGCACAGAAUCUCGACAUCUUUGUUGAAAAUCGGCAGCUUCAUUGCUUAACAGUUAUGGACUCUGACCUUUAUCAUUUUUAUGAUGAUCAUGAUUAUGAUGACCUUUACAUUGCUUUUGGAAAUGGUUUUGAUGAUAUGGGAUAUAUGACUACUAAGAUUGAGAUUUAUGCCCCAAAUCUGUUGUCCUUGAAAUUAAUUGGGAACAAGCCGCAGAGAGAGUAUCGUAUAAAGAACUUACAGUCUCUUGUCGAGGCCAGCAUUGAUUAUGAGGAAGAACUUUAUAAUGGUUGCCAUGAGUGCUAUGAACACAACAUCAAUUCAUUGAAGGGACUUCUUGAAGAUCUUCGACAUGUUAAAGACCUUAAAUUAUGUAGUUGGUGUAUUCAGCUUCUAUCUUUAAGGGAGUUACAAUGUGUAGAUGCUUUAUCCAUGAAUUCCACACGUUUGGAUCUGAUGAUAGGAUUGAGUAAAUGGGAGCUCCCAGGGAUUGCCCACUUGCUAAAGAGUUGUUGUUCCCUUGAGACUCUUAUUCAACAUUUGGACAAGAAACCUCUAUUGGAGAUCCACAACUACCGCAGCCAACAACGGUUGAAUUGGGAGGACAAGUAUGAUUUUGAUGAAAGGGUGUAUUGGAAGUCACAGAAGCUUUGUUUCUAUAAGCUGUUUGAGCACCUCAAAACUGUUAUCAUUUAUGACUUGAGUUCCUAUCCCACUCCUGUGAAUGGUUACGAGCCCACUCCUACCGAUGUUAAAGUUAAAUCUGUGAUUGAUGAGCCUGAGAAUGAAAUUAACUUUGUGAAAUUUUUGCUCAGCAACUCGACUGUGAUGGAAAAAAUGGAUAUUAGCAUUCUAGAGGAAGUUUGCAGCCAGCCGGAGUUCCUGCUCAAUCUUACCGAGAGGUUACUGGCUUUCCCAAGAGCGUCUCCAAAAGCUGAAAUCCAUGUCUCUUAUUAGGGCUCAUCUGUCUUCAUAUUAGUCUUGAGAACUCCAAAACUAUUAACCAUUAAGGUUCCUUAUAUAACUAAAACUACCAACCAUUAAGAUUCCUUUUGUAA